AAUUUAAUACCUCCGGGACAUGACAGAACCUCCACUAGCUGAUAGGGCACUUUGCCUUUUCGCAUGCGAUGCACCAAUGUCUGGAUAUUUCUGAAACCAUAGACCGCAGCAAAAAGAAGCAGCGUCUCUCCAUCUCGCUCCAGCACCACCUCCUGGAAAUCCCGGUUCCUAGCACAAACAAAAGGAAACCACAGAGCUUUUGUGCAGCUGUUGAGAUGUCCAGAUGAAAUUUGACAGCAAAAAACGGCAAGGACUGAGGACACACAGACACUACCAGCACUUUGUGCUUUGAGUGAAUCAGGUGGAUCACGGAUUUCUUUAACAACCUAACAAGAUGGUGUACAUGGUGGUCGAGGAGCACACUUCUGAUCUUCUUCAUCUUAAGAGAUCACCUGGGAUUCGAUCCUGGUCAUUACUAGUUGGAAUUGCUUCAGUUGGACUUGCAGCAGCAUAUUACAGUUCAGACAGUGUGUUAUGGAAGCUGUUUUACAUAACAGGCUGCCUUUUCGUUGCCCUUCAAAAUAUGGAGGAGUGGGAGGAAGCAGUCUUUGAUAAAACCAAGGGUGUCAUAAAGAUACAAGCUUUCAGUCUGUAUGCAACGAUACUCACAAUGCAAAAAAAAGGACACGAUAAAGUGGUAUUGGACUUAAAGCACCUACGGGACAUAAGUGUUCAUGAGGAGAAGGUGCGCUACCUGGGAAAAGGUUUCGUCAUAGUGCUGCGCAUGGCCACUGGAUUUUCACAUCCUCUCACUCUGAACGCUACUCUUGGGGGACGCAGUGAUGUAGAAGAACUUGCUGCCCUUCUGAAGCGCUUUUUGGAACUUGACACUUUACAUCAACAUCAGGAAAAUGAAGAUGAGGAUUGUGAUGAAGAUGAGGAGGACUUUGAGCAGUUAGGGGUGGAGAGAGAUGAUGAAAGCAGCGAUUUAAGUGAGGGACAUGAACUGCCAACACAGUGAUCACUGAUCCUUUGAAUGCGGUGACACUAAACGAACCAAACCCUCAGACUGACGGAUGACCUGUAAAUAUUUCCAUUUAUAUGAGCAUAAAUUCUGUGCUGUAGAAUUAUGUGAUGUGCUGUUUUGAUCUACCUCAGAAUGUCAAAGAUGCCUUAUCCACAAUAUACAAUGACAUUCAUAAAUCGGUAAUGAGGAUUUCACACACUAUGUACAAUUCAUAAAGCACAUUUUAUACAUUUUAACAUUUCAACUGCAGAUCCAGUGAUAGACACAUGUCCUUCUUGGCACUGCUUGGCACUAUAAUACAGUCUGUGUGGUAUAAUAGCAAAUAUGCAGGGGCUUAAUCUCUAGGAGCUUUUAAAUUACUUGAAUAUGUUAUUAUUAUUUACUCCAAAUACUGACACCAAGCCUGUGUGGCUAUAUUCUCACUAUAGUGGCAUUUCAAUCAAAUUAUUUUAAAGUAGUAAGGGUUCAGAUUUAAUAUGGAUGACAAAUGAAAAAGAAUGGCUAACACCAAGUGUUUUAAUGUCAUUUGGAGUAGAUUCUAGUCCAUCCAUUCAUCUAUCUGAGACUUUAACAGUAUUUGUAACUGAAGCUCCUACCAUUUACAGAACCCUUUAUAGUGUUGGGAAUAAUGUUGAUAUGCCCCUUUGCUCCACAACAAAAAUUUUCAAAUCAGACACGAUUAAAGUACACAUUCCACCCAGGUGGUACAGCAGGAUAAUUCGCUAGCACACCAGCACCGAGAUUCUGAGCUCCCAGCUUCGAAUCUCGGCUCUCCUACCGGUCGGAAGGGCGCCAUCUAGCAGGCACAAAGGAUAAUGGCUAAAGGCUAAUCCAGUCUGUGGGAAAGACUGGACCAAAGGGGUGGGGUUAUGAGGGAUAUUAAUGCUGUGUAGGGACUUUAGUUGCUCAGGGCGCCUGUACAGAAAGUGCGGAGUGCAGAGAUCAAGGCGUGGUUUUCCAUGCAUGAAGCCGACCUCAUGUGCAAAUCCACUGAAGUAUGGGUGAAUAAGAAGGGAUAGGCAGACUACGCACACAUCGGAGGGAGUGUGUGUCAGGCGAAUAUACCCUCUUCUUGGAUGCCAAAAUGCAUUAAAAAAUACUCCCAAAAAGUACACAUUCCACACUUUAAGGGUAUUUGCAUACAUUUCAGUUUCACAAUGUUAAAAUGUCAACACUUUUUACACAGUUCCCCUCAUUUCAGGGCACCAUAAUGUUUGGGACAUUUGGCUUCACAUCUGUGUUCCAGUGCUUCAUUAGCACAGCCAUAAGACACCCAUCUUGCUUGUAAGCCUUCAAAUAUCUAUCACCUGGAGUCUGUAGUUGCCAGUGUUCAACAUGAGGGCAAAAGCUGUGCCAAUGAAAGUCAAAGAAUAAAGGAAGACCUCCACUGUUGAUGCCAGAAAAUCCCCAACUGUCUGUCUGACAGAUCAGAAACAGCCUUCAGAAGGCAGGUGUGUAUUUUUCAGAGACUAACAGCUGCAGAAGGCUUCAUAAACAGAAAUACUGGGGCUUGGGGCACUCAGGUGGCGCAGCGGGAUAAUCCGCUAACACACUAGCUUCAUAAUUCUGUGCUCCCGGGUUAGAAUCUUGGCUCUGCUAAUGCCUGCAGCAGACAAAAUUGGCUUUCUGGCUCUCCGUACGCAUGCAAAUCCACCAAGGUAUGGGUGACCCUAGGAGGGAGUGUGUGUCAGGCGAAUAUACACCCUCGUUGGAUGCCGGUGGGGUCCCCAGCAGUGAAUCAGCACCGCUAAAUUGGGAGAAAAAUGGGGUAAAAUGCAUAAAAAUACUUAAACAACAAAAAAAAGAAAUAUAGGGGCUACAUUGCAAGAUGCAAACCACUGGUUAGAUUACAGUUUAUUACAGUUAAGAGUGCUUAAAAAAGUUAACUAGAAACUAGAAUUGUGCUACAUGGAUGUGUCUUUAUAAUGUAAAACUUAUCCUACCAAGUAGGUUAUGUAAAUUGUUAUUAGUUUGCCAGCAAUCCAAAGCCUCUUCCUGCUUUGGUAAGUCUGCCAUCUACCAAAUGUGUAUAUAUGCAAAUUGUAUGUAAAUCUACAUGUAAAUCUUUUGUUUUCAUUUGACUGCUGACAGUGGUAUAGUUUAGUCUAAAGCAGCGGGUAGUGCCAUCAAAGUAAUGAUUUAGACUUGUGACCAUAUUGAUAGAGAUUCUCCAAUAAGAUUCUCCAAUAUCAAAUAUCAAAAACUAAAUUUAGCAUUAGAAAUCACCACAUACAAACAGCUCAGUAAAAUAUAGUAUAAUCUAUAUGUGCUUUGGACCACAACCUACACCCUGAUAUAUUUAAACAUUUUAUUUUGAAUUUACUUAUGACAAAGAAGAUGAGGAGAAUAUAUGAUUGGCUCAGAUAAUGUUCACACUAUUAAAAAUGAUUGAUCAUGGUUUGAGGUAGUGUUUACAACAUUACACCAGUCUUUUCCACCAAAUUGUAUAUCUGUAUGUUGAUAUCUAAUGUCCGUAUUAUGCUACCAGUGUACAUAGAUGCCCACACUACACCACUAGCGUAAACAAAUGUCUGUACACCAUCUGCAUAAUUCAUUGGGUGAAAGGCAGGAAACACUCCGGACAGGUCGCCAGUCCAUCACACACUUACAGCAUUUAGCAGACGUUUUUUAUCCAAAGCCACUUACAGUACUGUGAAAGUAUAUUGUCUAAGCAACUGAGGGUUAAGUGCCUUGUUCAAGGGCCCAACAGUGCAACCUGGCAGUCGUGGGGCUUAAACCAGUGACUUUUUGAUUGCUAGUCCAGUGCCUUAACCACUAGGCUACAACUGCCCCACUGAUAAAGUGGCUAUCACAAUGCGAGAGAAAAAUGUUAAUUUACACUAGAAGUAUUAAUACAUAAUCAAUUAGUACUCGAAAAUGUAGAUAUGCUUAGGGCAUUUUUGCCAUUUUUUUUCAAGAAAACCGCUACAAUAGAAUGUUACUGAAUGUGUACUUGGUGUACAUGAUAAGAAGUGCGUCAAUUGCAUUGUAUGACAUCCAAAACCCAGUUCUAGCUGAUUUAGACCAGUUCCUAUGUUAACUGUGAUGUCUUCUACUGUUCUACAAGGUCACCAACAACAGUAUAAAAAUAUGUCUAAUUUAUCAGUUGUUAUCGCAUAUGCAGACCUCUGUGUGAGACUCUGUCUGCGUGACCCUCUGCAGACAAGAUUAAAACUUUUUUCUACUCACAA